CUCCCAGAUCUGUAAAUAAACCCCAUGUGCUUUAGACCUCGUCGGAUCUCCUGCCUCCAGGUCACGGAUUACAUUCUCACGUGCUGCGUUCACCGCUGACAGGAGGUGCAGCGCUGCGUUUUGUGCGUGCACGAACCAUCAUGCACAUUUACAAUAUUCUCAUGUGCAUAACUACAAGUCUUUCCUGUCGGUGCGUCCCUAAGCUGAAAUGCAGCGCAGCUGGUGUUGUGUUUCAGGCUGUUUUCUAACGGUUAUCGCUUUUAUGGGGACAUCUGCUGUAGAAAAGUGGUGGUGUGACCUGAAAGAAUUGUUCGUAUUAAUUAUAAUUAUUUAAAUCUCAGUGAUAAUUUUCUUUAUUGUUGCCGCAUUUCACCAGUGGUGAUUUCUCGACUAGUGCGACCUCCGGCAGCAAAUCCAGCAUCCGUCAUUGCAUUCAGCCGGACUCUGACGUCCAUCCCAGGUUUUACCAGGCUGACUCUGACUCACAGGAUGCGCUGAGCGGCGCAGUUUCCACGGGUACAGAUCCACAAACGUCCACCCCUCCUCGCGUCGCCUGGUUAAAGCUAAUCCUCAUGUUGUACAGAUCUGCAGAUCGCCAUCGCGGGAUCUUGUUCGUUGCUCAUAUGUCAAAAUGUGAUUAUAUGAUGGUGAUGCCACAGGCUGCUGCUGCUGCUGCUGCUGCCGCCGCUUCUGUCAGUUUAGGUUAACCUGGCAGCUUCCGGGGAAUCCUUGCAGGACAGCAGUGUCUCACAGGACGCUGAACGCUUUGACCUUUUGACUGUCAGCGAAUGACAAAUCAAAGGUCGGCGUCUAUGAAAGAAGACUCAAAGCGCAUCUCCACCGCGGCACAAGACGGCGCUCCCGGGAGGAUGGUAGAAACCGCUCUGAAAGCUGGUCGAUAGCGGCGGAGACAGCUUCAGCGUCGGCAGAGGGAGCAGCAGCGGAAACAGCACACUCGCAGGCUCCAUAGCGGCCACCCUUGGACCGAAGGCAGGCCCGCUGAGAGAGGAGGACUGCAGCACCAUGGACAGCUCAGAUAUGGAUGCCAGUUAUGGAGGAGGACUGUUGGAUAUGGUGAAGGGAGGAGCCGGGAAGUUCUUCAGCAACUUCAAGGACAACUUGAAGGACACACUGAAAGACACCUCCACCAAGGUCAUGCAUCAGGUUGCCACGUACACAAAAGGGGAGCUGGACAUUGCCUACAUCACAUCACGGAUCAUAGUGAUGACCUACCCAGCAGAGUCGGUGCAGAUUGGCUACCAGAACCACGUAGAGGAUAUUCGCUCCUUCCUCGACAGUCGCCAUGCUGACCACUACACUGUCUUCAAUCUAUCACAGCGCAACUACCGCGGCGCCAAAUUCUCCAACAGGCUCUCUGCCUUCUAUGCCAUUUUUAUGCAUCUGUUUCUGUGCUUCAUGCUGUUUUCCUCAUUCUUGCCUCCUCUCUUAUUUCUCGUGCCACCUCCUUUCCAGGUUUCAGAGUGCAACUGGCCUUCCCGCCAGGCUCCCAGCCUUCACAACUUGUUUGCUGUGUGUAAGAACAUGCACAACUGGCUCAAACAGAAUCCAAAGAAUGUGUGUGUCAUCACCUGCUCGGAUGGUCGCGCUCCCUCGGGUGUUUUGGUGUGUGCCAUGUUCUGCUUCUGCCACCUCUUCAACAAUCCUGUUCCUGCCAUGCAGCUGCUCAGCGCCAAGAGACCAGAUUCUGGCCUCUGGCCCUCGCACCGCAGGUACAUAGGCUAUGUGUGUAGCAUGGUAUCAGAGAAGCCCAGUCUACCCCACUCCAAGCCCUUGGUGAUCAAGGCCCUCACAAUGAGUCCGGUCCCCUGCUUCAACAAGCAGCGUAGCGGCUGUCGGCCCUUCUGCGACAUCCUCAUCGGAGAGACAAAGAUCUUCACCACUGCGCAGGAGUAUGAGAGGAUGAGAGAGCACAGGGUCCAAGAGGGUAAGGUAGUUUUCCCUCUGGGUGUGAGUGUGCAAGGAGACGUUGUUGUGUCAGUCUACCACAUGAGGUCAACCAUUGGAGGGCGUCUGCAGGCCAAGGUGUCCAACACCCAGAUCUUCCAGAUCCAGUUCCACACUGGCUUCAUUGCUCCUGGUACCACAAUGUUAAAGUUUAACAAGCCAGAGCUGGAUGCAUGUGACUCUCCUGAGAAAUACCCUCAGCUUUUCCAUGUCAUACUGGAUGUGGAGGUGGAGGGCGUGGACAAGCAAAAAGACCUGACGCCACCAUGGGAGCAGUUCCCCUGUAAAGACCUCAGCCCCAACGUGCUCUUCUCCUGCCAUCAGGAGCAUCAGGAUGCACUGGCUAUCGCUGAGCCGAGCCGGCCCCAUGGCGGUCCAGACGGUCGGGGCCACGGCGAGGAGAGCGAGCCCUCAGACGAUGAGAUGAUCUCUCUCUCCAACCAGCGAAGCAACGCCAGCGCAGCCCCCCAGAAACCCAACCCCCCUUCGACCAUGCCAGCUGCCCAGGAACCUCCUGAAGAAGUGGAUCUUCUUGGUCUUGAUGGAGAGGAGAUCAACUGCCCGUGUCCUUCAUCUCAGCCUAAGUCUACUGCAGUCACAACCACUGACCUCCUAGGUGACCUGUUCGGGGGGCCACCCCAGCCACCCAGUGGGCCCUCAUCUGCCCAAUCUACACCACAUAAAGUCGUCCCAAACACUGCCUCGCCAUGCCCCUCUCCUGCACCACCAGCGUUUGAUCCCUUUGGGGCAGGUCCCAUGCCUAAGCCUCAGGACAUGAUGGGUUCAUUCCUUGGACCAGGUAAUGUGGGGCAGCCAGACCCCUUCCUGCAUGCAGCUCGCUCUCCAUCACCCACCCUGCAGCCUACAAGCUUGGGCCGGAGUUCCCCUGUCCCUCCCACCACCCCAACUGUCAACAUUCAGCAGCAAAAUGCCAUGGGAGGAUGGGACUGGAACCGACCCGCCACCACAACCACAGGAGCUGGCUUUGGCAGGGGCAGUCGUUCAGCCACCACUAGCCCCACUGGUUCGGUUCACAGCACCCCCACCCACCAAACCAAGCCAAACACCUUGGACCCAUUCGCUGACAUAGGCAACCUUGGUGGAAGCCUUGGAGGUUCUGGCUUCUCCAGCAAACCCACCACACCUACUGGAACAACCCCUUUCAUUCCUCCCAUGGGCUCCCCAUCGCGACCUCCUCCAUCUCCCCAACAUGCAGAAGGUUGGCAGUCCCACACAGGAGCUGGCUUCCCCUCGUGGCAGCCUGGUGCUGGUACUGGUGGAGGCUGGCAACCCCAGGGACAGGGCCCUGCCCCGCAGCCAAAGCCCAGCCCCAGCCACACCCCGAUGCCUCACACAUCGCCCCAGAACCGACCCAACUACAACGUCAACGUCAACGUCAACUACAACUUCUCUGCAAUGGGCUCACCUAGCGCAGGGAGCAAAGCACAGGCUGGCAUGGGUUCUAAGCCCAAGGCCUCAGAUGCCAACUUUGAUGACCUGCUGUCUGGUCAGGGUUUUUCGGGGACCAAAGAGAAGAAGGGGCCCAGGACUAUUGCAGAGAUGAGAAAGGAGGAGAUGGCCAAAGAGAUGGACCCUGAGAAACUAAAGAUUCUGGACUGGAUCGAGGGGAAGGAGCGUAACAUCCGUGCUCUGCUGUCCACCAUGCACACUGUGCUGUGGGAAGGAGAGACACGCUGGAAGCCUGUGGGCAUGGCUGACCUGGUUACACCAGAACAGGUCAAGAAGGUCUACCGCAAAGCAGUCCUGGUCGUCCACCCCGAUAAGGCGACAGGACAGCCCUAUGAACAAUAUGCCAAGAUGAUCUUCAUGGAACUAAAUGACGCCUGGUCAGAAUUUGAAAGCCAAGGACAAAAACCCCUCUACUGAAUACACAGUGAAGGGAAGUGAGCGAGGAGAGGGCGUCCCUGCCGAUUCUGUCACCAAAUCCUAAAAAUGCAUCAUCGCCUCUGGUCAGCAUAUCACCACCCUCUUCCCUCAACAUCUGCCUUUAUAUCUGUGCUAUGACCUGUAUGACCCGCGACCUUCUCACCACACACACACACAGAACACACAGCAUCCAGUUGCUCUGCAAAGACCACAAACGACUACAGAACUUCGGCGCCCAGACUUACAUUGUUACUGAACUAAUGACUCCCUGUACCUCAAAUGUACCUCCUGUAUGUAUGUGGUGCAACAUUGUCCUCCCUUGUUGAGUGUCCUUAGCCCUGAACCAACCCAUCAGUCAAAGCAGAUGUCCCCGGGAUGUCUAGAGAAACACAGAAACGUUUGAUUCAGUGGAGUCCGAUCAAAAGACAGCAAUAGACGAAUCGGCAUGCAAGAUAAGAAAAAAAACACAUCAGGGAGUAAACUUAGCAAGCAUUUCACAGACUGCUCUAAAUAAGGGAUUCAGAGCGCCUGAUAGUCUGUAAGGCACAAAAAGCAUUUAACAGCAAUCAAGCUAUUUAUACACAAAGCAUCCAGUUGUGUAGGCAGAUUUUGCCUCAUACUUUGUGUCAAAAUUGGAUUCAUGAUCAGUUCUGUUGUAUCAAACCUAUGAUUUUUCAUGCAAUUAAAUGUUCCUAGAAAUAUGAAAAAAAAGUACAACAAGUUACUACAUGUGUUUCAGUGAAAAUGAACUGGAGUCAAACCUUUUAUAAAUAGGCCAUUUUAAAGGUACCAAUUAACAAUCCAAUAUAUAUAAUAUGAAAAAUAAAGAAAGCAAACUACAGUUACUGAUUUUGAUUGUUGCUUUGAUUACAGGCUGGCUUCCAUCCCCAUUAGCCUUCAAAUGUGUUCUGCUGAGGAUAACUGAAAAUGGAAAACUAAACUCAAUAAAAAAACAAUAAAAGGAAAGCUGCUACAAUUUAAAAUACCUGACUUAAAUAUCAAAGAGGCAGAUUAACGAAAAGACGUUGUGCUGCAGGAGAGUGAUUUAUCAUUGUUGUGUCUGAGUGAUCCGGCCUUGUGUGUGGGGAUUGUAUGCUGUAUUAUAGGAUUAGCACAUGUACAGUUCCGGACAUGAAGCACCCUGCGGCCUCAUGCACACUCACUCAUACAGUAAGAUAUAUUUUUUGGGGACGAGAUCUGUGAAAGCACAACCUGACAACUUUGCUGUGUGUAGCCUUGAAGGGAAGCCAUUGUUAUUUAUUUAUUAGUCACGUUUGUCCGUUUUCAUGCUGUUGCUUUGUGCAUCAGACCUGCUGUAUUUUGGUUUAAAUGACAGCACUGCAUGUCAUCAGCUAAUGUGUGCAAAAAACAAGUUUGAGGGUGUUUUGGCCAUUAACUCAUCAACUGGCUGUAAGAUUAUAUCACAUUCUUUCCUUCCAGCUUGUGUUCUUAAAGACCGUAACAUCUGACAACUGCAAUGCUUAGAGAGUUGAGGAUUUUCUCUCAAAAUACUGUAAGGCUGAUGAGUGGAUUAACAUAUUUCAGAGUUUCUAAUUCCUCUCAGGUCCCGGUCCAUGCUGUCAUCUUUUAUCACGAUACUGAUUUGCAACAAUUGCAACUUUUUUUGUGUUGUUUUAAGCGCUUUGUGUGUAUUGUUUACAUCAAUGACACUAAUUAUUUAUAAUUUACCGUGCAGCUUUUUAUCUGGAUGAGUAACACCACUUCAUAUCAACAGUGAGGUACAGCACACACGGCUCAAAGUAUCAACAUUUUUUCCUGGAGCUGUACGUGUUGCAGGCCAAAUAGUCUGAAUCCAGAGCAGACGUCUGCGAAUACACUGGCUGAUGUGAUUGUCCCUCUGUAUGACAGGAAACUGGCUUCUGACAUUGUCCUCUUGUGUCAAAAGUAUUUCAUAGUGCUAGUAUGGAGUCCAGGGGCCAGUGACAAACAUAUGCAAAAAAUAAAAUGUGUGUAUUUACUUGUAAGCAAGUGGAAACUGAACCUGGGGGUUUGAUCUUUUCACAGGACACUAAUGAGAUCCUAUAACAUCCUCACCUUGAUGUGUUACUCUACUGGAAACCCAGAGGGGCUGUUUUAUUCUGAUGUUGGACUUAAAUCUCAAUAAUGUAUUUAAAAUCAAUUUUAACACACACAA